CCUUUGCUCCUUGUUUCGUGAAGCUGUUUUUGAGGCUCUAAAAUAUUGCCCAUACGAGCGAUUAAUAAUCCAGAGUGUGUGUAAUCUGUGGACCUCAACCAGUUAUCUGUCCUCGGUGAUCCAGAUAUACACCGAGGUGGCAUUCCUAAGCUUGAUUGCUGCCGUCUUUAGCCAGCCACACAGCAAGCUGCUUGCUAACGAUCAGGGUCAACGGAUGCCAUCCCAGCGUGAAGGACUGUACGCUCAACACGCCAAAUAGAGGAGCAGUCUUUGGAGCUUUAAUUCCAUCAGCCCGUUACUAUUUCUACGAUUGCUUAAAGGAGUAAUCUCAUCGAGACGAACAGCUCCGAGAGUGGUUACCUGGCGCAAGUCAAUACAAGUGUCCGUCAGUGCCUAUCAUGGAGGCCAUAGCCAAAUACGAUUUCAAAGCCACUGCGGAUGAUGAACUUAGUUUCAAGCGGGGAGAGACACUAAAGGUUUUAAAUGAAGAAUGUGACCAGAACUGGUACAAGGCAGAGCUGAAUGGAAAGGAAGGAUUCAUCCCUAAAAACUACAUCGAAAUGAAACCCCAUCCGUGGUUUUACGGGAAGAUUCCCCGGGCGAAGGCGGAGGAGAUGCUGAACAAACAGAAGCACGACGGAGCUUUCCUCAUCCGGGAGAGCGAGAGCGCGCCGGGAGAUUUCUCACUAUCUGUCAAAUUUGGUAACGAUGUUCAACACUUUAAAGUUCUUCGAGACGGCGCGGGGAAAUAUUUCCUUUGGGUUGUCAAAUUCAACUCGCUCAACUCUUUAGUGGACUAUCACCGUUCCACCUCAGUGUCCAGAAACCAGCCCAUCUUCCUCAGGGACAUCGAACAGGUCCCUCAGCAUUCCACGUACGUACAGGCGCUUUUCGACUUCGACCCUCAGGAGGACGGGGAGCUGGGCUUCAGACGCGGAGACUUCAUCCAGGUCCUCGACAACUCCGACCCCAACUGGUGGAAGGGAGCGUGCCACGGGCAGACGGGAAUGUUCCCUCGUAAUUAUGUCACACCCGUAAACCAGAAUCUGUAA